GAGGGAAAUAAAGGAAUGAACCAGAAGCAGAGGAGCAGCACCCCAAGUACAGUUUGUGAAAGUCAGGAGGGUUCAGGAAACAGUUCCACUCUCCAGACCAUUUGGCGGCGGUAGUGCAACUAUCACCAACCAAAGGAAAAACAAAUACGAAUGCGACGAAACGACGAGAAAGAAGAAGAAGAAGAAGACGAGGAAGAAGAAAACGGCGGCGGAGGCGGCGGCAUGGCAGCGCACUGGCGCCCCCUGUUGACCUGCGCGGCUCUGAGCCUCAGCGCUCCUGUGGUGGAGUUCCGCCAUUUUGAAUCGAAGAAGAAGAAGAGUUGUUCUGCUCGCAUGUGAGGAUCGGAGAGUGUGGAGCUUAGCGUCAGGAGAGCAGUUACAUCCGACUAUCAUGUGUGUUCCCGGGGACACCUAACUCUCCGGCUCUUACCGAGUCUGUGGAGCGGAAACAGAACCUGAGAGCUUCCCCGAGCAAAACACAUCCUCCGUGUGUGUCUGUGCGCGCGCGCGUGUAUGUAUGUGCAGUUAAACUCGGAGCUGAACUCGAGUGUCCAUCUGAGGUGUUUGUGUGGUGAGGAGGCUCUGGUGGGAAGCAGACUCCAUGCUGAUUACUGCUAGUUUGCUCCAUGCUUUCUGCAGUCUGCCACUCCAAUGCCUGUCUACUCGUGGGGAAGGUGUAAUUAAGGAUUCACUCAUUUCAUCUGCUGGCACGUGCUUUCUCUUCCAGCUGUGGCCAUGUUCUGGAAGUUUGACCUGCACACCACCUCCCAUAUCGACCAGCUGCUUGAUAGGGAGGAUGUAACUCUGAGGGAGCUGAUGGAGGAGGAAGAUCUCCUGCAGGAGUGCAAGGCACAGAACCACCGUCUCCUGCUCUUCCUAUCACAGGACCACUGCAUGCUUGAGCUGGUCAGUCUCAUCACAGAGGAACCUUCUUCUGACCUGGAGGAGAAAACACGCUUCAAACUUCCAAAUAUUGCCUGCGAUCUCCUCACCUCCGAUGUGAGCACCAUUAACGACAAGUUGGGUGGAGAUGUAUCUCUGCUGGAGAAGCUUUACAGUCUUCUGGAGCAGGAUCCACCUCUCAACCCGCUGCUUGCCUCGUUCUUCAGCAAAACCAUCGGUAACCUGAUAGCACGCAAAACAGAGCAGAUGAUCUCGUUCCUGAGGAAGAAACACAACUUCAUCAGCCUGGUGUUGAACCACAUAGACGUGUCCCCCAUGAUGGAUCUGCUCCUGCGUCUUAUCAGCUGUGUGGAGCCAGCACCCCUCAGACAGGAGGUUCUCAAUUGGCUGAAUGAGGAGCGACUGAUCCAGAGGCUGACUGAGCUCAUGCACACAGGGAGAGACGAGGAGAGACAAUCAAAUGCAUCGCAGACUCUGUGUGACAUCAUUCGUCUCAGUCGAGAUCAGGCCAUUCAGAUCCCAGAGGCCGUUGAACCAGAUCCGUUACUGGCAGUCCUGGAGUCAGAGGAGAAUGUGGCGCAGCUUUUGAAGAGCAUGUUUGAGAAGAUGACCAGUGAAGCCUCUAUAGUCAAUGGAACUCAAGUUCUUCUGACGUUACUGGAGUCGAGGAGGACAGGGCUGGAGGGUCUAAUGGAGCUGUAUUCUCAGGGAUGUGAAAGGUCUUACACUGUCAACAGCAGUAUUCUACGUACUAUUGAGCCUCAUCUAAAGGACUUCCAACAGCUUCUACUGGACCCUCCCAAGAAAAGUGCAAUACUCACAACUGUUGGUGUUCUGGAGCAGCCGCUGGGGAAUGCACGCCUUCAUGUGGCCAGGCUGGUGGCAUCGCUGCUGCAAACAAGCGACAACAGCAUCUGCCAAGAACUCUGCAGGCUUAACACCAUGGACCUUCUGCUGGAUUUAUUCUUUAAAUACACCUGGAAUAACUUCUUGCACUUUCAAGUAGAGAUGUGUGUGACCUCGAUCCUGAACCACUCAUCUCACAUGGAUCUGCAUCCCUCAGUUCUCCAAAACCAUGAAGAGAAGCCUCACUCUGAAGGCCAGAAUGUCAACCCAGACGCACCAAAUGAACCAACCCGUGCUGCCUUGGUUACCAAUCUCUUCCAACAGUGUCGCUUGGUGCAAAGGAUUCUGGAUGCAUGGGAGGAGAACGACAGAAUUCAAGCUGAGGGUGGGACCAGGAGAGGUAACAUGGGUCAUUUGACUCGGAUCGCCAACACUGUGGUUCAGAACCUGGAGAAAGGACAGGUCCAGUCUCAGAUUAAUGAUCUCAUUAAAGAACUUCCUGAGGACUGCAGGGGGCGGUGGGAGAGCUUUGUGGGAGAAACCCUCAGAGAAACGAACAGGAGAAACACUGUAGACUUGGUCAGCACACACAACCUGCAUUCUUCUAGUGAAGAUGAUGACAUGGAAAGCCCGUUUCCCAAUGAUCUGUCUAUCCAACAGGCAUUCUCCGAAUAUCAGAUUCAGCAGAUGACUGCUAACUUUGUAGAUCAGUUUGGCUUCAAUGAUGAGGAGUUCAGUGAACAUGAUGAAACUAUCAAUGCUACUUUUGAUCGAAUUGCUGAGAUUAACUUCAGUAUUGAUGCAGAUGAUAAUAGUGCGAGUGCUGCUGCCUUUGAAGCUUGCUGUAAGGAGAGAAUACAGCAGUUUGAUGACUGUGAAGAGGAAGAAGACAUUUGGGACGAUAAAGAGAUCAGCUAUGCAACUCAAGUGAAAUCCCGAUCCAGGUUUGGUGUGUCUUUAUCUUCAGGAGGCUCACCUAAGGUUUCUGUGAGCAAUGGGAAGCUGGGCCGCGGGUCGGCCGAUAAGGAUGGGGGGAGUCAGGUUUCUACACAAGUGGCAACCAGCCCUAAAUCCCCCACACCACAGACUCCAGAAAGUCCCACAUGUUUAGGUGAUUUCAGUGAAGUGAAGGACACUGCCUGGGGUUCUGCCUCCAACCAGGCCAAUAAGGAGCAUCAUGGUACAGGAUGGGCCAAUUUCACAGAGUUUCACCCUUUCUGCAGCAGCUCUAAAAACUCAAAGAACCAGUCAGAAAAGAAAGAUCAGAAGGCCCCUGUGCUAGCUCCAGACUCGGGAGGCUUUGAUGGUGAAGAUGAUGUGGGAACAGACAAGACUGAGGAUGAACCCAAAGCAGCAGGCAACCAAAAAGCAGCAGACACUCAGAUGUGCAGUGAUGCACUUGGUGAGACACUGCAGAAGCUCACUAUUACAGAUGCAGCAGAGUCCCAGACACCGACAUCCGAUUCAGAGAACACCACUGUGACCGACAAGAGAUUUGGUUUUGAGGUCAAGAUAAAUGAAGUGAUGGAUCAGAAUUGAAGCUUUAAUUUUGAGGUUUGAUGACACCACACCCAAUGGGCCGAUCUGAAAGUGUUGAACGUGAAACCAGACAAAAUCCCCUCCAAACCCACUUCUUUGCCACUUCUGUUCUUACUCGGAAAAACAGUACCACUUUUGGUGUUAAAGUAAAAAUGCUGCCAAGUUUAUUGAACGUGGAUCUACCAAUCAGCGUGCCCCAGUGAAGGAGAAGGGAUGUGUAGCACACGCCCAGGAACCAGAACUGUGCUCACAGGAGCUUUUAUUUCUUUCAACUUUGUAUGAAAUUUGCAGUUUUUAAUGUAGCAGUUAUGGGUUUAUUUUUCAGUUAGAUCAUUAAGAAUUGUCUUCUUUUUUUUUCUCCUUUGUUUAAUUUCCUAUUUUUUAUUUGCAUCCGGUGCGAUCGCAGUAACAGCAGGGUGUGGCAGCAGAGCACAGGAUGUCCAAUCACCCUCAUCUGUCUUUCACUCCAAUCACACGUGUUCAUAUGCACAUCUGCAGCCUUUAACAUGUAUUUAAACACCGCGUCUGUAAUCACUUUCCUACACCUCACAGUACAACUCGUGCACGUCAGUGGAACCCCAUCCGAAUAGGGCUCACGUCUCCUUGUGUGCAAUAAUGACAUUUCAGCCCACACUGUUCGCAUUGAUGGUGAGGUGUUUCUUCAGGUUCUGAACUUUCUGCAGAGCUUUAUAAAUUGUGUAAACGGCAGCGUAUGAUUUAUUUUUGGUUGCUAUAAAGAAUUUUGUCCUUUUCUUUUCAAAUCAGCAAAUUUCAAAUUGUAUGUUUUUGUUUUUUUUCCUUGUGUACUGCUUUUCCUGAGUAUUUGUUUUCCCCGACAAAGCACUUUUAAUGACGAAUCUUGCCUUAAAGUCUUUUAAUUGAUACCGUGUCAAUCACAAAAAACUAACGAGAGUGAA